CUGGCCCGCAGCGCUUGGCUCUCACUUCAGUACCAAGAUCUGCGAGCAGGAGACUAUGGCCAAGGCGGUGUGCACUCUCUACGGCGACGACGCGACCGUGUACGGCUCGCUUGUGAUCACUCAGGCGCACGAGGACGCCAAGACCGUCGUCACGGGCGAACUCAAGGGUCUCUCGCCCGGCAAGCACGCGCUGCACGUGAACGCUUUCGGUGACGUGUCGCAGUCGUCGGGCGCUGCGCUGGGCGGCGUGUUCAACCCCUUCGGCAAGAACCACGGCGCCCCUGAGGACGCUGAGCGCUGCGCUGGCUCGCUGGGCAACGUGGAAGUGGGCGAGGAUGGCAACGUCAAGGUUCAUGUGGAGGACAAAUUGGUGAAGCUUAUCGGCCCCCACUCGAUCAUCGGCCGCAGUAUUGUGGUGCACGACGGUGAAGACGACCUAGGAAAGGGUGGCCACGAACUUUCGCUGCAGAACGGCAACGCUGGCGCAAUCAAGGCUUAUGGCGUCGUGGGCAUCUCCAGCUAGACGGUUGCAGCCAGAAUAAAACAGGGCUGGCUGAUGCUGUACCGACGUGUUGAGGUUAUAAAAUAGGUAACACGGCGGAAUGCAGGCAAUUUUUUCGCCUCUGGGCGACGUGUU